AUGUGGCUCAUCGACACCACGAGUCUGAAGCUUCAUGCUUUCAUGCCUCCAGACCUCCCACCGUACGCCAUACUAUCUCAUACCUGGGGAUCCGGAGAAGUGACCUUCCAGGAGCUUGCAGAUCUAAAUACUGCCAAAGAAAAAGCCGGCUACACCAAAAUCCGGAAGACAUGCGAGCUCGCCAGGCAGAAUGGUCUGGAGUGGGCAUGGGUGGACACCUGCUGUAUCGACAAAUCCUCAAGUGCUGAACUCUCGGAGGCGAUCAACUCAAUGUUCGAGUGGUACGAGCUUUCAGCCAUCUGCUUUGCUCAUCUCGCGGACCUACCUGUUGAGUCUCCCACGCUAUGGAUUUUCGAGUCUGGCAUACACAAGCGCGCGUGUCGCUGGUUCGAACGCGGGUGGACCCUUCAAGAGCUCAUUGCGCCCAAGACGCUCGAGUUCUUCGACUGCGAAUGGAACUCGCGCGGCUUCAAGACCGACAGCGCCGUCCUGCGACAAUUGUCAGCGAUGACGGGGAUACAUGGCAAGACUGCCCGAGUACUCAAAAACAGCGCGGCAAUCACCGAAGUUUCCAUUGCGGAGAGAAUGUCUUGGGCGUCAAAGAGGCGGACAACCCGGGUCGAAGACAUAGCCUACUGCCUGCUCGGUCUCUUCCGCGUGAACAUGCCCUUGCUCUAUGGAGAGGGGUCGCGAGCUUUCAUGCGACUUCAGGAAGAAAUUCUUAAGAACAGCACUGACAUGUCUCUCUUCUGUUGGACCGCGCCGCAGGAAGCCUCGCAGCAGUACCGCGGGUUGCUAGCCCGCCAUCCAUCGGAAUUCGCGUCAUGGUACGAUACAGAAUCUACCUCGCGAAAGUCCAUCAGCUGA